AUUUUAUACUUCAACAGAUUCAUGAUUAUGCAAAUACCGGCAUAUGUUGUUUCCAAGUUCAAGUCAACGGAACUUUAUCCAGUUAUCCUCACUAUUUCUUUAGAAGAGCACGUGAAUAACUUUAAUGCUUUUCUCUUUAGCCUGCAUGUAAAAGCUUUUUCUUAAAUGGCUGAUUCAUCUAUGCAAUCAACGAUGCAUGCAUGAGUAGUAAGCAAUGAAUUCAGAGUUAAUGGCUUAAUUAUUGGGCUGUUUCGAAGCUAAGCUUCCUGUUAAGCAUCAAAGAGAGUCUGCUUAUGUUAAAUAAUACUCGGGUUACCCUGCAAGAGUUACAAAAGACAUUGUAUUAUUGCAUAGAUUCUUGGUUAGAAAGUUGGAGUUAAAAAGCAAUCAAAAUUUCCCUAAAUUGAAGGAAUUCCAAUCUGCCAACUAGUCUUUACGUGCUAAUUUGGGCUAGUGAUUGAAGCUUAUCGUAAACUUAGGCCUUCAAAUCAAGCCCCACAACGAAUGUGACAAAUGAAGCCACUAACCCUGAUAAAGAAGGGACUCCCUUCUCUCUCCUACCCAUCAAGUCCACAUAUUGCCAAAAAACAUUCACAUGUCUCUGGUUUCUUGUGAAAAAGGAUAAAUUUCCUCCACUUUUUGCUUACAGUUGGAUCUCCACCAACUACUACUACUCUCUAUCCACACUACAAAACUCAUCUUCAACUACAUGAUAAUGCUUUGUAAGCUAUUCAUUUAAGCCAACCAUUCAUAGAGAAAGUUAUGUGGAAGUUUGUCCCUCAUCUCCCAAAUUUUGCUGCCAUGAACCCAUUAAUUCUCCUUGUUGUUUCUUCUCUUUUUAUUAAAGCAUUGUCUUUGAAACCUGAGCCAGCAAAAAACAAUGCCCAGAUCACUGUAAUGGGCCUUGUUUAUUGUGACAUUUGCUCCAACAACAGCUUCUCCAGACACAGCUACUUCUUACCAGGGGCAGAAGUUCAAAUAGACUGCAACUUCAGGGCAUUUGUUCCAAAAACAAGAGAACAGAUAUCAUUCUCCGUCAACAGAACUACAGAUAAACAUGGAGUUUACAGGUUGGAAAUACCAUCAGUUGAUGGGAUCGCAUGUGCAGAGGCAUCCAUUGCAUCAUCUUGUCAGGCAAGCUUAGUUAGAAGCUCAUCCAAUUCAUGCAACAUUCCUGGAUACAAAAGCACAACAGAUCAGAUAGCAAUCAAAUCCAGACACCCCAAUCUCUGCAUCUACAGCCUAACUGCAUUGAAUUUCAGACCAUCAAAAAGAGAUGCUACCUUGUGUGGGAAGUAAAGCAAGACUUUCUCUAGUUAUUCCUACCUUACAGCAUCCAUAUGGAUUUCUUUUAGCUACUUUUCCAAUUAUCUUUUUCUUAACACACUAAUCCCAGGUAUUGAAGAUAGAUCCAAUCUCCUCAUCCUCAGCUAUCCUGUGAAGGUUCUUUCCAUUUCUCAGUCUGCACAUAAUACAAGAAAUGGAGAACCUUCAAUACCCUUUUGCCUUUGCCUUCCAGCCUAAUUAAUUGGUGCUCUUUAAAGAAGAACAAAGGGCCACAUAUUACUAAGUAUUUUCAUUGCUUUUAUGCUUUGUCUGAGUACAUUCAAUUGUGCCCAGAGACUUUUGUGCACAUAGAGUCCAGGUCAAGCAUGUGGACAUACAUAAUUUACCAUAUUUAUUUAGAUUGGUUUUUAGUUAAAAUGUAUGAAAUGUAUGAAGUGACUAAACAUAGUAGUAAUAGUCUUUUGAAAUCUGAAAAGCUUAACAGAGCUGCCAAUACUGCAUCUUCCAAGAUACCCAUCACAAAAAGGAAAAAACUAACGAUGAGAAAGUGAGAAAGAUCAAUGAGAUAACAAUAGACGAAAGGUUUUAUUGCAAAAAAUCUGAUUCAACAGCUUACAUUUAUUGCUUGUGUCAAAAGCCAUGAUCAAGCUCAAAUCAUGAAGAUGCUCUUACAUUCAUAAAGUUCUCCUACGUUUGCCCAAUACCCUCGAUUGCCAUGUCAAUGUUAAAAUCAUUCUAAGGCCUUUUCAAGCAGAAGAUAACAAUCCACUAAUGUAGCAGACGUAAAAUUUGUGGCCAAUCAAUUCUCCUGAAACACUUUUCAAAUACCAUCUAACUCAGAUGCUUAUAGUUGUUUGUUUCCUACAAGCAUUUAAAGUUUAAACUAUGUCUGGAAAAGGAAAAAAAACUGAAACUUGUGCAGAAAUGAGUUGUUAUUGCCAAUUUAGUUCUUAUUAGUUGUUAUUCUCCA